GGGGCCGCGGCGUGGCCGGAAGCGGAAACUGCUGUGCAGGUGCCACCAUGGCGGCCCCGGGGGCGGCGGACGGGGGAGGCUCCGGCGACUCCGCGGGCCCGCGACGGUGUCGCGGCGGGUGAAGGUACGCCAGCCUGGGCGUGCUGGUGCUGCAGAACGCGUCGCUGGUGCUCAGCAUCCGCUACGUGCGCACCCUGCCCGGGGAGCGCUUCCUGCCCACCACCGCCGUGGUGAUGGCCGAGGCCAUGAAGGGCAGCGCCUGCCUGCUGCUGCUGCUCAUCCAGCACCGGGGCAGUGUCCGGCAGACGGCGGUGACGCUGCACGAGGCCGUGGUGGGACAGUUUGGGGACACGCUGCGCCUGGCUGUCCCCUCCCUCAUCUACACCCUGCAGAACAACCUGCAGUACGUGGCCAUCUCCAACCUGCCCGCGGCCACCUUCCAGGUGACGUACCAGCUGAAGAUCCUGACCACGGCGCUGUUCUCGGUGCUGCUGCUGGGCACGGCGCUGUCGCGGCUGCAGUGGCUGUCGCUGGCGCUGCUCUUCGCGGGGGUGGCGCUGGUGCAGGCGGAGCAGGCGCGGGCCGUGCCCCCGGCCGCGGCGCUGGCGCCGUCCCCGGGCCCCGAGGCGCCGGCGCAGAGCUACGCCGUGGGGCUGGCGGCCGUGGCCGCCUCCUGCCUGUCCUCGGGCUUCGCCGGCGUCUACUUCGAGCGGCUGCUGAAGCGCUCGGGCGGCUCCAUCUGGCUGCGGAACGUGCAGCUGGGCGCCGUGGGCACGGCCGUGGGGCUGGGCGCCAUGCUGGCCGCCGAGGGCCCGGCCGUGGCCGCGCUUGGCUUCUUCUACGGCUACAACGGCGCCGUGUGGGCCGUGGUGGUCAACCAGGCGGCCGGGGGGCUGCUGGUGGCCGUGGUGGUCCGCUACGCCGACAACAUCCUCAAGGGCUUCGCCACGGCGCUGUCCAUCCUGGCCUCCACGGCCGCCUCGGCGCACCUGUUCGGCUUCCGGCCGCGCGCGCGCCCUUCCUGGCCGGCACCGCCAUGGUCCUGGCCGCCGUGGUGCUCUACGGGCGGCCCCGCGGCGGCCAGCCCGGCAACCGCGGCCAGGACAGCGGCAAGUCAGUGGGGCCCUAGGGACGGGGACACCUGGGGUGACCACCGGGAGGGGGAGGGCGUGGGGGGGCCGCGAGCGGGGCGGGGACCCGGGUGUGGGGUCAGCAGCUGUGGGGUCAGCAGCUGUGGGGACCCAGCUGUGGGAACUCAGCUGUGGGGUCAGCAGGUGAGGGGUCAGCAGGUGAGGGGACCCAGCUGUGGGGUCAGCAGCUGUGGGGUCAGCAGCUGUGGGGUCAGCAGGUGGCAGAGGCUCAUUAGAGCUCAUUAGUGCUCGUUAGUGCUCAUUAGGGUAGAGGAGCUCCAGGGUCAGCAGGAGGGGACCCCGAUCUUGGCCUUGUUUGGGUGGCAGGGACUCGUUAAGGCUCCUUAGGAGAUGGGGAGCUCGUUAAUGCUCAUUAAUUGGUGGCGGCUCAUUAAGGCUCAUUGGGUGCUGGGGGACCCCAAGGUGGAGAUUAAUGAGGUCAGAGGUUAAUGAGGCCGGCAGGGUUAAUGAGGUCAGAGGUUAAUGAGGCCGGCAGGGUUAAUGCAGUUAAUGAAGGGUUAAUGAGGGGCUCAUCGGGACCCCGGCCCCUCUGUGGGGAUCCCCUCCCCCCCUCGCCCCCCCCGCCCGGUGGGGGAGGGGCCGGAUGUACAGAUUUUGUAGGGGGGGAGGGGCCGGGCGCGUUUUUAACGAGAUUUGGGGCUAAUAAAGGCGGAUUUGGUUAA